UAAAGAGGCCAGAGAGGGGCGCAGGGUUUUUCCCUAGUUUUUCGACGUCCUUUACGGCCCCUGAGCCUUCUAACUUGACUUUAUUCAUUACUUUCAUGGAUUACGAUGUUGGUUGCGAGCAAAAGUCAAAAGGGCGGGAAAAUUAAGACACAGGGCUCCCAUGGGUGUACACGAAAUAAAAACACAAUUGUUUUUUGUUUUUUAAAGGUUUUAGCAUUCUCGGAUAGUCCAAGAGUGUAUGCAUGUGUACAAAUCCAUUAUUUUACUCAGAAGACGUGUCGCGGAGUGUGCUGUCGUUACCAGUUGGCAGGCUGGUGACCACAGGGUACCCGGACGAUGUUCACAAAACUCCCCGUAGGGCUCUGCUAACUAAAUCUUUGAAAUCUAUGUAUAGGUAAUGAUGAUAAAUAUUUGCUUUUCUUACUGUCUAAAAUAGCAAAGCAUCGAGAACAAUUAUAAGUAUUUUUUUGUCUUAUUUUCAAAAUUGAUUUAUUAUUUAGAAAUUGCGUGUCAGAUGUACAUGUCAACUCUCUUUGAUUCAGACGAAGCGAACAACAUCUCAACAAGACAGAACAGUACAAGUAGAAAUUCCAUGUCAGAUGAACCUGUCAACUCCUUAACUAUCAGACGAAGCGAGCAACAGCCCAAAGAGACAUAACAGAAAAAACGUCUGUGACAUGAGUUUCGUGAAGGUCUGUCUGUUGGCUAUGGUAAUUCAAGCCCUCGUUAGAGCCAGUACCGCUGACCUUCAGUCGCUUGGUGAGAGAGGCAACUGCAACCACUACUACAAUCCAACCCUAAAAGUUGACCAGCAGAUCACCCCAGUGGCAUCCCCUGUUUGCAGAGGUUUUGACACAGCUCUUAGCGAUCUAUUCGGAUUAGGAUCUGGGGUUUCUGGAAAUGUUGCAGCUGUUUCUCAGGCAGUUGAAAGAAUGAAUGAUAUUACAAAAGUGGCCGCGGCAGCAGCUAAAUCGUUCGGCGUUUUUGGUGCUGCCUUUGGCUUUGCUGCCUCGCUUACAUCACCAUCCCCUGAUGACAUUUUGGAAAAGGUGAAUGACGCCUUUGCGGAGAUAACGAGUGAAAUGAACCAUCGCUUUCAACAAUUAAAAGAGUACGUCGACCAGCGAGUGAUCAACUCUGAUGUCGAAGACCUGAACAGGGAUUAUCGAGCGCUCGCCACACAAUGGACAAACUGUCUGACCGACCGACGUUUACUGCAAUGUCAGAGGCAAGUACUUCGCAGAAUGGAAGCUGAAGGGACAGCCAAGUUCAUGUUGAAAGAAUUCAAGUCCAAAAGUAAAGUAUCGUACCCGUACGACACAAAGAAACUUGAAGCAUCCCUGUUAGUCUUCCGAGAUUUCGCAAGCACACAUUUGUAUGCGCUAAGAUCGUCAGCGAAAUGCCUGGUUGUUGAUGAUCCCUCAGCAUCGGCCGGUGAAAAGGCGGAGAAUAAAAAAGAUUUGAAAAGUACUUUGGAAGACAUAAAGAGAUACGGCAAGACGUACAAUGAUUAUGCAGUGUGGGCAUACGGAGAAAUAGAACGAAACCAGAGGGAAUACCACCAGAGAAACAUCAAAAGUUUUCAUGAAAAAGCGCACGAAGAUGAUUAUCGUGGAACUUGGUGGAAAUGUUUAUUAGGAGACGUAUGUUAUAGAGUAUGGUUGACGCUCACGAUUAAACCCAAGUGCACCACGAUGUCAGUUGAUGGUCAGCAUUCCUGCGAGGUCUUCAGGGAAACGACCCAUUCUUACCAUGAAGGAACACGUGAUCUUAUGGAGGUUCAUCGACCUGAAAUAAACCGUUCCGUCAACAAAGCCGCUAGAGAAAUGUGCGAGUCUUCCUUCGCUGGCUUCAUGAAUGAUUUAAGGACGUUCUGGAGGACGGAGCUGAUGAGAACCGCUGACCUGUGGGAAGAAGCGUCUCGGGUAGCAGACAAUGAGCUAAAAAGUAUGGCAGAAGCCUCUGUAUAAAACGUGUCCAAGGAUGUCAAUGAUGGUUGGCAACACUAGUUGAGCCGGAACAUUAGUUGCUCGAAACAACUUGAUCGUGAAGUGGCACAUUUAUGUAAAAGAACGCUUUUGCAAAUGAUAACAAAGUGCUUCUUGCUA